AAAAUAAAAAAAAAAAAAAAAAAAAAAAGAAAGACGAAAUGUCUUCACACGUGACGAACCCGUCGUUGAUAAAUGAAUUGGACGUCACGUGGCUAAUUCGAGCGAAUAAUAUCAUUAUAUGACAUAAUUUUGACUGAACCACGACUGUGUUUCCAAACUAGGUAAAGUUUUACAGAGUGAGUGAGAUAAGAGGCAGGGGCGGGCGUCGUCGGCCUUUAAACCCCCCGCCACACGUUACCCCUCCACCUUUGGUUGUGGACCCACUUGACAACAAGCUGUGCAAUCGUUCAGAGUCAAUUGAUUGGAUUUGGUGGAUAAUCCAACGUACGUACAUAUGUCGUGAACAAAGCAAAGAACAAAUAGAUCUGUGAGAAUAAGACGAAAUACUGAAUCAAGAGGAGUGAGUGGGGAGGCAUAGAGGCUACUGUAGUUUCGGAACACAGCCAUGGUCUCCCUACCUCCCAGUCUGCAGAAACAGGUCAGCGUUAUGAGUAUGAACUUGAGUGCCAAGCUGGACGAGCUGCAGCGGGGUGACCGCCAGCUGGAGACCACCGUCGCCCUCUGCGAGAUCCGCACGCAGCUGCAGGAACUCACCAAGAGCGUAGAGUCUUGCCAGAGCGAGGUCAGCGAGGUCAAACGGGACAUGGUCGCGAUCAAGCACGAACUAGAUACGGUACAGCAGGUGAAAGAAGAAAUAGAGGAAUUACGAGAAUACGUGGAUCGACUAGAAGAACAUUCUCAUCGACGGAAACUUAGACUUUUGGAGCAGGGGCUAACACUUUUCCUGUCGUAUGCAAUACUGGCAGCAGUUUUAGGAAUGUUGCAGUUUGGAUACAACACUGGGGUUAUUAAUGCGCCGGAAGUGAACAUUGAAAAUUUCAUGAAAGAUGUGUACAAGGAUAGAUAUGGGGAGGACAUUUCAGACGAUUAUGUGAAGAGGUUGUAUUCCGUGGCCGUAAGCAUAUUUGCGAUUGGUGGUAUGCUAGGCGGUUUUAGCGGAGGGAUAAUUGCCAACAGAUUUGGCAGAAAGGGGGGCUUACUGCUAAACAACGUGCUGGGCAUCGUGGGGGGGUGCCUGAUGGGUUUUACAAAGAUGGCUCACUCGUAUGAAAUGUUAUUCUUUGGACGGUUCAUCAUCGGUGUCAAUUGUGGCUUAAACACCUCGUUGGUUCCCAUGUACAUAUCGGAGAUAGCACCACUGAACCUGAGAGGCGGCCUAGGCACGGUGAACCAGCUCGCUGUUACGGUGGGCCUCCUGGUCUCCCAGGUGCUGGGCAUCGAGCAAAUCCUUGGAACGGACGAGGGUUGGCCAGUUCUCUUAUUACUAGCUAUCUGCCCUGCCAUUCUACAGUUAUUGCUGCUUCCAGUUUGCCCCGAAUCUCCAAGAUAUUUGCUCAUUACUAAACAGUGGGAGGAGGAAGCCCGUAAAGCUUUGAGGAGGUUGAGAGCCAGUAACCAAGUGGAAGAAGAUAUCGAAGAAAUGAGAGCCGAAGAACGAGCUCAACAAGCCGAGUCUAGAAUAUCGAUGACAGAGCUCAUAUGUAGCCCAACUUUGAGAGCACCUCUUAUCAUCGGUGUGGUUAUGCAACUUUCCCAACAGCUUUCAGGCAUUAACGCUGUAUUUUACUAUUCGACAAAUUUGUAUACUAGUUCUGGUUUGACAGAGGAGAGUGCCAAGUUUGCAACCAUUGGCAUAGGUUCCAUUAUGGUUGUUAUGACGUUAGUAUCCAUCCCUCUUAUGGAUAGGACAGGAAGACGUACAUUGCACUUAUACGGUCUUGGUGGCAUGUUUAUCUUUUCAAUAUUCAUCACAAUUUCUUUUCUCAUAAAGGAGUUUUUCGGUUAUGUGCAGGAAAUGAUUGACUGGAUGUCUUAUCUGUCGGUCGUGUCGACGCUCUUUUUCGUGGUAUUUUUUGCCGUGGGGCCUGGUUCCAUCCCGUGGAUGAUCACGGCCGAACUGUUCUCGCAAGGUCCUAGACCUGCGGCCAUGUCUAUCGCGGUCCUCGUCAAUUGGAUAGCUAAUUUUGUGGUUGGCAUCGGUUUUCCAAGUAUGAAGACUAGCCUUGAAAACUACACGUUCCUACCAUUCAGUGCAUUCCUAGCCAUCUUCUGGAUCUUCACGUACAAGCAGGUUCCUGAGACCAAGAAUAAAACAUUCGAAGAAAUUCUAGCUUUAUUCAGGCAUGGUAACGACAGGAGCAGCUUGCGGGACAGCAGACUUUAUGGGAGCAUGCUAAACUGUGUGAAUGCAUUAGAGGGACACAUACCGCCAGCAGAGAGUGCAGCCCUGAUGGUGGCCGAGGAGAAGCCACAUCCUGAUUCAUUUGUGUUUGCAGCUGGAUCAGAGCGAUCUUCCGACGCACCCGCUCAACCGGAGAGAUCACCGCCCCCGCUUCCCCCGCCACGCUUUCCGAACAGCGGUGUCUGACAAUGGGAAACAGCUCCUCUUAAUAUUGGUAAUCUAGUGAUCAUGAACGCGUCAAUUCCACUGCCGCUACUGCUCACCACCAACAGCCUCACAUUGGAAAAUCAACUGUACGAGAUCAUCACGGAGAGGAGCAAGGCCUGCGCGGCUUUCUUGCGGAACAGUUUACGUCGAGCAGUGAACGCAACCGCUAUUGGUUUGAGUGUCACGGAGAAUUUUGAGAAUAAUGUAUCGUGCAAUCAUGCCUAAUUCAAUGAUUGAAUGAAAAUCACUUGUUGAUUGUAUUUGAAUACUGAAUAGAAUGAAGUCAAUUGCGAACGUUUCUUAGCGCGGCCUGAUUCAAUUCAGUAUGUUCGUAAUACGAACGUCGUAUGUAAGGUUAUCUUCAUGAAUGAAUAUCUAAUCGUAAGAUCGAAACGUUCUUAAUUUCGCAGAACUUAGCAAUUACAAUUUUCUGAACAAAUAGAAUGACAACAGUGUAAACGAGUGGUUGUAAUGGCAAAAAGACUUGUUGAUGGUUUGCAGAUUUUUCGAUACGGUUUCGAUAGAUAAAUCACAACUAUAGCGUUCAAUAUGAUACGCAAAUCUUUUUCAUGUCAAACCAAAAACAAAAAAAAAAAAAAAAUGAAUUAAGAACGAGAAUCUUUGAGAAAAAAUCUAAUGAAAUGUUGCGAAAGUGAUUGUGCCUAGACAUAUGUUUGAAAAAGAGAUAAAAAAA